AAUCCACUCGAGGUUGGUAGAGAAGGCGCGUGUGGAAGGAGUGCAAAUGGUAAGCAAGGAGAAGAGGUGGAGCGGAGGUGAUGAGAUUGAGAGAGGUGUGGAAAGGAAGGUUGGAAAUUUACACACAAAAUAAAAAUACUGAUUUCUCUUUCUCUCUCGCUCGCUCGCUCAUAAAUUCACAAUUUUUGGAAUAAUUUACCCCUUAAAACGCUAAGCCACUUGCAAAGCCUCUCUUAGAUUUUGGACUCUCUCUCUUCAACGCCCGCACUGGCAUACAGAGUGAGAGUUAAAACCAGCUAGUUGGCUAUGGACACCGAGUCUGGAUUCUCCACUCCUCCCAGAACCUCCCAGCUUUCGUGGGUGACUCUUUCCAGGAAUCUAAUAUUAGCAUACCAGAGCUUUGGUGUAGUAUAUGGAGACUUGAGUACUUCACCUCUCUAUGUUUAUUCCAGCACGUUUACAGGGAAAUUACGGAAUCAUCAGAAUGAGGAAGCUAUAUUUGGUGCAUUCUCCUUGAUAUUCUGGACCCUUACUCUGAUACCCUUGCUCAAGUAUGUCUUUAUCCUAUUGAGUGCAGAUGACAAUGGUGAAGGCGGAACGUUUGCUCUCUACUCUCUGCUUUGCCGGCAUGGAAAGUUUAGUUUGCUUCCCAAUCAGCAAGCUGCUGAUGAGGAGCUUUCAGCUUACAAAUAUGGCCCUUCUUCACAGGUUGUAUCCUCUUCCCCCUUAAAGAGAUUCUUGGAGAAGCAUAAAAAGCUAAGGACUGCCCUGCUUCUUGUUGUAUUAUUUGGUGCUUGCAUGGUCAUAGGAGAUGGUGUGCUUACUCCAGCAAUCUCAGUUCUCUCAUCAGUAUCAGGCCUACAAGUUACUGAAAAAAAAUUGACGGAUGGUGAGCUGCUCUUGCUUGCUUGUGUCAUAUUGGUGGGUCUGUUUGCCCUGCAGCAUUGUGGCACUCACAGGGUAGCAUUUUUGUUUGCACCUAUUGUAUUAAUCUGGUUGAUAUCAAUUUUUUCCAUUGGGCUGUACAACACAAUACACUGGAACCCAAAAAUUGUUUACGCAUUUUCACCCCAUUAUAUUAUCAAGUUCUUUAGGCAGACUGGUAAAGAUGGUUGGAUUUCUCUUGGUGGAAUUCUUCUUUCUAUAACUGGUACUGAAGCUAUGUUUGCAGACCUUGGUCACUUCACUGCCUUAUCAAUAAGGCUUGCAUUUGCAUUUGUCGUUUACCCCUGUCUAGUAGUACAAUACAUGGGGCAGGCUGCUUUCUUGUCCAAAAACACCGGCACUGUUGCUCAGAGUUUUUAUGACUCAAUACCUGGACCUGUAUUUUGGCCUGUCUUUGUUGUUGCCACUUUUGCAACCAUUGUUGGCAGUCAGGCUGUUAUCACUGCUACUUUCUCCAUCAUCAAGCAAUGCCAUGCACUUGGUUGCUUUCCUCGUGUCAAAGUUGUCCACACCUCAAAACAUAUAUAUGGCCAGAUCUACAUCCCAGAAAUAAAUUGGAUACUUAUGAUUCUUACUCUUGCCAUAACCGUUGGAUUUCGAGACACUACUUUAAUUGGAAAUGCAUAUGGACUUGCUUGCAUGACUGUGAUGUUCAUUACGACAUUCCUUAUGGCUCUUGUCAUAGUCUUCGUUUGGCAGAAAAGUAUGGUACUUGCUGCAGUGUUCCUUCUCUUCUUCUGGUUUAUUGAGGGAGUUUACCUAUCAGCAGCACUCAUAAAAGUGCCUCAGGGAGGAUGGGUCCCUCUUGUGCUUUCACUCAUUUUUGUGUUUGUAAUGUUUGUCUGGCAUUAUGGAACACGAAAGAAGUAUAACUUUGAUCUUCACAAUAAAGUUUCAUUGAAGUGGUUACUUGGCCUGGGCCCCAGCCUUGGUAUUGUCCGUGUGCCAGGAAUAGGUCUCAUAUACUCUGAAUUGGCAACGGGAGUUCCUCCAAUAUUCUCUCACUUUGUGACGAAUCUCCCUGCGUUCCACAAGGUGUUAGUUUUUGUGUGUGUGAAAUCAGUUCCAGUUCCAUAUGUUUCACCUGAAGAAAGAUUCCUCAUUGGCCGGAUUUGUCCAAGACCAUAUCGUAUGUAUAGGUGCAUCGUGAGGUAUGGAUACAAGGACAUUCAACGAGAUGAUGGAGACUUUGAGAACCAACUCAUUCAAAGCAUAGCGGAGUUCAUACAGAUGGAAGCGGUAGAACCACAAUUCUCAAGCUCUGAAAGUUCGUCGUUAGAUGGGAGGAUGGCCGUUAUAAGCAGCAGAACUGUACAAUCAAACUUGAGCUUAGUAGUCUCUGAGUUAGAAGAUUUUGGUUUGAGCAAUUCCAUCCAAAGCAUCCAAAGCAGCAAGUCGCUAACACUCCAGAGUUUAAGAUCUGUCUUCGAUGAGGAGAACCCGCAAAUCAGGAGGCGUCAAGUAAGGUUUCAGUUGCCUUCAAACCCUGCUAUGGAUCCUGCUGUUAGGGAGGAACUGAUGGAUUUGAUCCAGGCCAAGGAAGCAGGGAUUGCAUAUAUAAUGGGGCACUCAUAUGUGAAGGCAAGGAGAUCAGCAUCGUUUCUGAAAAAGCUUGUUAUUGAUAUCGGGUAUUCUUUUCUGCGGAAGAACUGCAGGGGCCCUUCUGUGGCACUUAACAUUCCUCAUAUCAGUCUCAUUGAAGUUGGGAUGAUAUACUACGUCUAGUCAUUUUGAAGGAAUUUUGUAUCUUGUAGAUGGCAGGGUUAUGGGUAAGAAGGGAGAGUUGGCAGUGGGAACUCAAGGGAGAAGUUUAUGUUAAUUCGACAGGAAGAUGAUAUUAAGUUGCAUAUGCUUCAUUAAAAAGCUGCAAUUUGCUUCACAUACUCUUCCUUCAAUGUGUAUAGAAGAUAUCAUGAAUUUCAUUUCUCUUAAA